AUGGUUCAAAACUCUACGAUAGCGACGAUAGGUGUCGCCACGAUAGCAACAGGUCUGCUAGGUUACGCCAUCUACUUUGACAGCCAGCGCAGAAAGUCCCCCGAGUUCCGACGCUCACUGCGCCGCAGCGAGCGCCGCCAGGUGCGCAACGAGAAGGAGCACGCCGCGGCCGCCGGCAAGGAGCGCGUCAAGGACAUUCAGCGGGCCGUCGACGCUGCCAAGGAGGAGGGCUUCCCCGCCGGUGUCAAUGAGCGCGAGGGCUACUUCAUGGAGCACGUCCAGAUUGGCGAGCAGCUCGCCGCCGACCCCUCCAACACCCUCGAGGCUGCCCUUGCCUUUUACAAGGCCCUCAAGGUCUACCCUACGCCUGGAGACCUGAUUGGAAUUUACGACAAGACUGUUGACAAGAGAGUUCUGGAUGUUCUCGCUGAAAUGAUUGCCUACGACAAGGCCCUCGACAUUGACGGCACUGGCGGUAUCCCCCACCCGGGCCUUGACUAA